AUGUGUAUAGAGGUCAUGAAUUAAUCAAAUCGGGCAAUCUAUAACAAUCACUCCAGCUUGUCCUCUCCUAUACGACACUCUCUCUCUCACCCACCAUAAUAAUAUCUCUCUUCUUCUUUUUCAAUCAUUCACUUCCGAUAAUAAUAACAUGGCACCAGCUGAAGAAGAAUCCAAGAAGCCGGAGGAGGUCGUACCCGAAUCUCCGGCAGAGCCACCACCACCACCACCUGCCCCCGCCCCCGCCGUCGUGGUAGAGGAGGAGAAAGCCAUCGUCCCAGUUGACCCACCGGUCAUUGAAGACAAACCCGCCGAUGAUUCCAAAGCCCUCGCCAUCGUUGAAAAACCAGCUGUUGAAGACAAAUCUGCUGAGGGUUCUGUACACAGAGAUGCUGUACUUGCUAGAGUUGCAACUGAGAAGAAAGAUGCUUUGAUUAAAGCAUGGGAAGAAAGUGAGAAGUCCAAAGCUGAGAACAAAGCUCAGCAGAAGAUAUCUGCCAUUGGAGCAUGGGAGAACAGCAAGAAAGCAGAUCUAGAGGCUGAACUCAAGAAGAUUGAGGAAAAUUUGGAGAAGAAAAAGGCGAAAUAUAUUGAGAAAAUGAAGAACAAGAUAGCUCUACUCCACAAAACCGCAGAAGAAAAGAGGGCGAUGACAGAAGCCAAACGUGGUGAGGACCUCUUGAAAGCGGAAGAGGUGGCGGCUAAGUGUCGGGCUACGGGAACUACCCCAAAGAAAGGAUGGUUUUCAAGCUAAAUGUGUAUUCGUCGUAAUUCGACUCUGUUGCAUUUGUAAAUUCUAGUUUUGGGAUUUCAUAGAUGUGUGUUUUCUUGUAUGUUGAAAUAUUGGUUUAAUGCUUGAUUACUUGGUGUGCAUAGUACUUAAUAUAUGUGUAUAUGCAUCAUUUGUAAGAAACAAGUUUGAAUGUGAUGUUUAUGUUCCAUGAA